GCAAAGGGAUAGGGAUCAAUGUCUCUGCUGAGAUAUCGCCACUAAGAUUAAAGAAACGUGGACGCCUUUUAGGAAGUUUAUAAAGCCACCGAGCAUGUGAAUCUACCGGAAUCUGCAACCUUUAUCUCUCUGCAACCUUUAUCUCUCGUCUCUCUCUCUCUUUGCGGUUUGUUCUUUAUCGGCUCUUUCUCUCGCGCCCGCUCUUCCCCCAACUUCACCACCACACAGCCCCCUCAUAUGCGCAAUUACCCAUGAGGCAAUGAUAGCUGAGCAACGCACAGCCUUCUCGCUCUCGGUCUGAGUGCGUACAAUCGUCAUUAAGCGCAUUCACUCGCAAGAAACCAAAAGUUUUGGGAUGAUGUAUGGAGAAACUUGUCCGAAGUUCCUUUCAGCAUGUUAUUUGCUGGCGCUAUUUUCUUCUGUACUUUUAAAAGAUGGCUAGUUCAUUGUUUCCAUUCACCUCUUCGAACCAGAAGAAGAUAACAGAACUAUGCAACAUAAUGCAGAUGUAGUUGUGAUAGUGCAUCUAAUUUCAUGAAAGUUAGAUGGAAGCUUCGGGUUCUCACAGUGCACAUAUAAUUGAAAUCAAUAGGGAGAUCCAUGCAAGAAAGCCAACCCAACUGGGAAACAAGAGUUGUGGAGGUGCUGCAACAUGUGGUUUUUCAGACAGUGCGAGUGGUGGCAGCAAUGCAGAAGAGCGACAGGCCUCCAUGAAGAAACUUUGGAGGGUCGCAGUGCUUUGUAUUAUUUUCAUGGCCAUAGAAGUAGUUGGUGGCAUUAAGGCCAAUAGUUUAGCCAUAUUGACUGAUGCAGCACACCUGUUAUCAGAUGUUACGGCCUUUGGCAUCUCACUUUUUUCCUUGUGGGCAUCAGGUUGGGAAGCUACACCUCAACAAAGCUAUGGUUUUUUCCGCAUUGAAAUUCUGGGAACUCUAGUCUCCAUACAGCUGAUUUGGCUUCUUACGGGUAUUCUUGUUUUUGAAGCCAUACAUCGAAUUGUACAUGAUAGUGGUGAUGUUGAAGGUUCUUUGAUGUUUGCUGUUGCUUUCUUUGGAUUAAUUGUGAAUAUCAUCAUGGCUCUUGUGCUGGGCCAUGAUCAUGGCCAUGGCCAUGGACAUGGAGGUCAUGGCCAUGGAUCUGGAGGUCAUGGCCAUGUUCAUGAUCAUGACCAUGGUCGUAUUGUCAAUAUGCAUCAUGAUCUAGGUCACUCCGUGCAUGAGGAGAAGAACCACACCAAACAUUGUGGAGUUGACACUCAGAAUGGGGAAGGCAAACACAAUGGAGAACAAGGCAGGCAGGGGAUGAGAGAUUGCCAUUCGAAGAACAUAGAAGUUCAUUCUGUGCAUGGAGAAGAGCAUAAGGCAGAACAUCACAACCAUGCGAAAGAGCAUGGCCACUCAAAGCACAAACAUGAAGCACAAAGCAAGGGAAGUCCUGUUGAUGAUGAUCAAUUGAAUAAGCGUUUGCUUAGUCAUUCAGAAGAUAGCUGUGCUGAUACGGUACAUAAUUCUGUGUCUACUGGUAAGUCCAAGCGUUGGAAUAUCAAUGUUCAAGGUGCUUAUCUCCACGUACUUGGAGACACUAUCCAGAGUAUAGGAGUAAUGAUUGGUGGAGCUAUCAUCUGGUGGAAGCCAGAAUGGCGAAUCAUUGAUCUUCUGUGCACUCUUUUCUUCUCUCUCAUUGUACUAGCAACAACAAUCAAGAUGCUCAGAAAUAUUCUUGAAGUUUUGAUGGAGAGCACGCCAAGGGAGAUUGAUGCCAGGAGGCUGGAGGAGGGGUUGUGUGAAAUGGAGGAGGUCGAGGCUGUCCAUGAGUUGCAUAUAUGGGCGAUAACUGUUGGCAAGGUUUUAUUGGCAUGCCAUGUGGAGAUAAAACCAGAUGCUGAUGCUGACCAGGUUCUUGAUAAUGUGAUUGGGUACAUCCAAAGAGAAUAUAACAUCAGUCAUGUUACGAUUCAGAUUGAGCGAUCAACAGCACAUUCACAGUGACUGAUGAUGCUAAAGAUGUCCAGGUGGCUUUUAUUUUCAGCGGAACUGUUAGGCCCCAUCUUUGUUCUCUUCGGACAUGGUUUUGACCCGUUAUAUAACAAACAGUUUCACAGUAUAAUUGUGGUAAUUGGAUAGAUAACCUCUUUUAAAAUUGAAGUUUAUUUUUCAAAA